CAGGAGUACAGACCCCAGUAUAAAGCCACCCGCUCAAGGUCCACUGAUAUGCUUCCAGGGUGAAGACUUACGAAGAAAUAGUCUUCGCUGCUACAUUUUGGACACAGGAAGGAAAAAACCAUGGCAAGCUCAAUUGUUAAAGUGACAAAAGGUCUCACUAAAGCAGCAGACUGCCGAGAGGACACCAAACUCCUGAUGCAGCCGUAUGCCAACUGGGAGGAGUACCUGACACCAGCACCAAUGUCCAUAGCCAUUUUGGGAGAGCUGGUCUUCAUCUCCUCAAAUACAGAUUUUUCUAUUCGUAAAGGGGGCCCAGAAGGUGGUUUCAAAUAUGCCAAAUACCCUGACUCAUUCCGUGCUUGCCUCAUGCAAGUGUGCAAUUCUGGGUGGCGUGCAUUCAAUGAGGCACACAAGAAUAUGGACCAGAUUCGUCUCUACACCAGCAGUGUACCAAACUACAUUCAGACGGCAGUGAAGAUACUUCUCCAGGAUGAUGACGACCUUGUGCAGGCCAUGCUCCCAGACCAGCUGGAUAACAUUAAGAACAUAGCUGAUGACUGCCUGCAACUGGCUGAGUCAACAGAGGAAAGGUUCACUGACGUCAUUGAACUCAUCCAUGAGCUCCUUGAAAGUUGCACCAGUGCAAAACAGGUGUAUGGGGCUGAAUUGGAGGAAGUCAGAAAGAAGAUUGACGAAUCAAAACUAAGGCAAGCAGCUUCAGAGGAGGCCAACAAACGUGCCGACCUGGCCUUCAAGAACAUGAGCAAGCAGCUGGAGGAGGCACAGGAGAGCUUCAAAACAUCAAUGGCCUCAAUUCCCAGUGGCUGGGAAAUGAUUGGAAUGAAUUUUGUAGAAGCAAUGGCUGACAGUGUCACAUCAGUUUUUUCCGGGAUUGCAUCCAUAAUUACUGCGCCAGUGGUAGUUCCUAAAAAGAUAUAUAAUGCUUUUGGGAAGACAAAAUCAUCGCGACUACCGCAAACAGAAAAUGAUCAAAUCUCAGAAAACAAUAUUUAUUCCAAAUCAAAUUAUAUCAUGUCCUUAGUGGGCAGGCUCGAUGGUUGUUUUGAUGAAGGCGAAAUCAAUUGGUCUGAAAUAGUUGAUGACAAAACUAAGGUACCAAAUACCAAUUGGGUAAAGGACCAAUUUCUGGAAAUCAAAAAAUCUAUAAAAGAGGAAAGGCAAUGCGACGCAAAAAAAAAGGCUUUGGCAUUGUGCACCUCGGCCAUCACUAUCUGCGAUAAACUGGAAAAACAAGCACCUAAAGCAGAGCGCAAUGAUGCCAAAACAGCAGAGAUUAUAGGACUGAUGAAAACUCUGAGGAAACAUGCAAUGGUUUUUGAUACCAAGAGCAAAUCUGCGACUAAUUCCUCAGCAUUCCCUGUAACACUACCACAAAUAUCUCAAACUCGAGAAAAUAGUUCAGGCUCCAAGUCUGCAGGCCAGAUGGCCUCAGAUAAUGCCCGCUUUCGAAUAGAGCAGAGCAGAGCCCAGCUUGACAAAGUGAGGGACGUAUAUGAGAAGUGUGCUGACAACAUGGAGAAAAACAGGAAAGAGAUGACUGAAAUUCUUGUCACCAUGAGAAACUGUGAAGUCAAAGAGAUAGACUUCACCACAACAAUAAGAAUUCUGUCUGAGGGUCUUCGAGCGAUGGGAAAGGUGAAGGAGCAGUGGCAGAAGCUGGUGCGCUUCUUCCAGAUGGUUUCCAACCUCAUGAAAACCAGCCUGACCAAGUCCCUGGAAGAUUUCGCUAAAACAGGUGAGAAGGCAUCCAACACAACAUUGAAAUACUCUUCAAAAAUGUUUUUGAAAGACAUGAUCUACAACCAAGCUUUCUAUGCGUCCAACAUUGCCAGCCUGGUUAAUAUGAUCGCAGGGACAUACACUGAGGUGUCUGACAAGUAUCUGAUGGAUCCAGUGAGCAGAUUGAGCAAACUCAUGUGUUUGGAGGUCGGAAACACAGAGUUCGACAGUGAACGAUUACAAUUUGCAGAUUCCUGUGAGGUAGCUGAAAAAGGAAUAAGAAAUCUUGUGAUGAAAAAUAAAGAUAACUUUGAAAGGAAGACCAUGCAAAGGCUGGAGAAAAUCGAGAGUGGGCUGAUGGCUGUGCUACCUCCAGAAUCAGAAGAGAAGAAAAGGGAAAUUCAGGAGGCAGUUGAAAUCGCAUCCAAGGAAGAUGAGGAAGAAGAUCAAUACGCUUGAAGGUGCCAUGGCAACCUGAACAACCUGAAGAGCAGCGAGCAAAUAAUAUAUCCACAUGUCUUGACUCCUGAUUUGGACAUAGUCCUAAUUCAACAGACAAAUUACAGUUCUUAAAUACAAAUUGUAUAUGAUGUUUAAAUCAUGUCAACUUUUUGGCAUGUCUCAGUUAGUUUGUGGUGUGCCAAAUAAGAAUAGAACAGUUUAAGGCAUCACCUUAAUGAUUAAGUUUAUUAUUAGGAAAAUUCUGCUCCAUGGAUCAGAUACUUUUCAUUUUAGUAAUUCAUUACUUUUAGUAAUUCUGGCUUCUGCUGUAGUUUGUGAAUGUUUAUGCCCUAUUCUUCUCCCUCACAGACAACUCAUAAUGGUUAAGCACAUAUAAAGCCCCAGCCAAGUUCAGUGGAAUAGAAUAAGUGUGGGUUUACUCAAUACAAUUCUGCACAUAAACUACAUUCACCUUUUUUGAAAUAGGUUUCAAAAUUAGCCUCUCUGCACUUUGUACAACUGAUGUGUUUCAAAAGACAUGUAUUUCAAAAAUGUAUUAAUUGUAUAAAUGGCACUAUCACAUCAAUAAUAAAUGCUUAAUUUGAUUUGAA